GACGAAUGGCUCAGGUAGCCCGAGGAGCUGUUUUGGGGUAGAAUCUUUGCUGCUGUUGCUAGUGCUGGUGCUGCUGCUGCUGCUUCUGGGCUGGGAGUCCAGUCGCCAGGCAAGAAGCCUUCUCACACAUCCAGAGAGUCAUGAGCCGUUUUCUGAAUGUAUUACGAAGCUGGCUGGUUAUGGUGUCCAUCAUAGCCAUGGGGAACACACUACAGAGCUUCCGAGACCACACCUUUCUCUAUGAAAAGCUCUAUACCGGCAAGCCAAACCUGGUGAAUGGCCUCCAAGCUCGGACCUUUGGAAUCUGGACACUGCUCUCAUCAGUGAUUCGCUGCCUCUGUGCCAUUGACAUCCACAACAAGACGUAUAACGGGCAAAAGCAACUCGGACUUGUCUUCACCUGUUACCCAUUCAUUCCCCCACCUCCCAGUACACGGCCACUGCAAAUGCUGACCUGUGUUUCCAACCACGUCUUGGCCUGGGACUUUUGUCUCUCCGUACUUCUGAUGUGCCCUCUGGUUCUGUUCCCUCCCUAACUGGAAACUCAAAGUCAACUCCCAUGUUCACUAAAUAUAUAAAAACUUGCACAGGAAGCAUGAGCAUCAAAUUUAAGACCCUUUCCUUCUGGGGAGGAGGGAGGCAGGAGAGUGGGAUCCGGCGCGAUAAGGAUCACAGGGUGUUUUAACAGAUAACUAGUAUUUCAUUUCUUAGAAAAAAAGUAUGUGAGGCGGAAAUGUCAAAAUGUCUAGAUUUGAUGGAGGAAGGUAUUGGUUGUAUAGGGGUUAAUUAUAGUAUCCUAUUAUCUAUAAUUUUUUGUAUGUUUAGAGAUUUCAUAAUUUUAAAAAUGUCAGUUUAAAAAAAAGAUGUCAGCAGUCCAGGUGGUCGAUCAUUCUGUAGCUUGCCUCUUCCCCACCCUUUUGUCAAAGCCGAGGAACAAGUCCUCUUCCCAUGAGAUUGUCACCGGGUCCUCCAUCUGACCACUCUCCCAGGCUAAGCCCAGAUAACCAGCCCACAGUGCAAGAGCAUGUAAAAGCACCUGAGGGGUCCUUGCUACUCAUUCCCCUUCAUUCUGUGGCAUCCAUCAUAUGAGCAGCGACCAGCCCCUGCCCGAACACCUGCCAGGUGGGCGCAGAUUACCGAGUCAAGCCAGUCUGAGUAAGUGGAAUAUAUAAGCAUGGCUGAUCCAAAAGUGUCUACACUGCCCGGAAUUGCCAGAAUCCAGACCCUGCUUUGCUAUACCUAAGCCUUGGAGAUCCCCUCCAGAUGCCUGGACCAUUCUCCUUUCAGUUUAGCAGUGGAAACCUUCAGGUUUGCCCUAGUGGGGAGUGGAUGUGACCGAGCAGGCAGCUCUUUCCUAGGACCGCGGCUCCUUCCCUUUAGCCACAGCCACUUCCUGGGUUGCUACUUGUGUGCUUCAGGCCUGACCAUCACUUUCCCUCUGCACAGAGCAAGCAGCACUCAGUUCUUCCUUCUGUCUGCUCCA